CCUGCGCAGUCGCUUUGUAAAUACGCGACGCUACCUUUCUCAAACCGGUCGUUCAACAAAAAUUCAAAAAUUCGUUAAUUUUUUAUGGCUUUGUGAACGAGGGGACCAAGGGUAGGAAUUUGGGAGAGUGGCGUCCGCUAGGGGUUGCUUGGCCGCUUCGCGCCUGCGCACGUAGUUCGCGCCACUGCUACGUCGCUUGCAAGCCAGAUGUUCCGAAAAGCUUCCUGUCGCCGCCGUUUCAAUGCUCAGCAUUUUUGUACUAAAGUUAUUGUAAAAUGUGUACUAGGACUUUUUUAUCGUCAAUUAAUAAGUGCAGAAUUCAGUGAAUAAAUCGUUAUGGGUGUUGCAUAAACUAAGUGUUUGAUUAGAAAUUAUCGAGCGUCUCGAUGUCCACGAGUUCACUCGAGACCAACCAACAAAGCGGCGGACAUUUUAUUUUGAGUACUCGAUAAUGUAGCGUUUGCGUCGAAAACAUUCAUGUCGUUUUGUGGUUACAAAUUGGAAUAUCGUUCGCUUACACCUUUCCGAUGCCGAGGGGGGUGAAGCGAGGGCCGGUGGAGAGCGAGGCGGUGGUGGUGCGCGCCGGGGCGUCUCCGGCGCAGACCACGCUGCUGGCGGACAGCCCCGGCCAGCCAGUCAGUUAUCAUCUACUGGAUCACGGUUAUGGGGCCACGCCGCAGCACCAGAUCCGCCGUGAGGCUCCAUCGGUGCCACCUAAGACGUCAGAAGCGGUGAAAAGAAGACUGAACCUGAGCGAAAGCAGUUCAGGCAGCCAGGGGCACGUGGUGCCCAUGAAGGCGGAUUUCAAGACGCCCAAACAGAAACGCGUCAAGGUGCUCACGCCCUACAGCCGACCGUCCAGUUCUAUGAAAAAAUUUACAGAACGAUCCAGGUUUGAUACAUCAUUAGGUUUAUUAACAAAAAAGUUUGUGGCGCUGCUGAAGUCCUCGCCCAACGGUGUUUUGGACCUGAACAUCGCGGCCGAGCGGCUUUCGGUGCAGAAGCGACGCAUCUACGACAUCACCAACGUGCUAGAGGGCAUUGGUAUAUUAGAAAAGCGGUCUAAGAAUAAUAUACAAUGGAAGUGCGGGGGCGCCGGCGGCGGCGCGGACGAGGCGGCGGCGAGGCGGCUGCGGCGCGAGGUGCGGGCGCUGUCGGCCCGCGAGGCGCGCGUGGCCCGGGCGGUGGCCGCGGCCGAGGCGGCCUUGGCGCGGCUCUCUGCCGAGCACGGAGCCCGCGCCUACAUCACCUACGCGGACCUUCGCUCCAUCCGCGACUUCCGCAACCAGACCGUCAUACCUAUCAAGGCGCCGCCAGACACGAGGCUUUCGGUACCGCACCCCGACGAAAAGGGCUACAUGAUACAUUUGAAGUCCAUGUCCGGUGAAAUUGAAGUGUAUCUCUGUCCGAAGGAACGACCCCCUACACCUACACCUUCGUCAAUAUUGCCCGCCGACCCGCUGUUGGAGGACAACAAGGCCUUACUGGCACCUUUGAUUGCGCAGCUGCAGUCCGUCACCUCCUGUUCCAUCACGGCCGACUUCACGACGCCGGUGAAGCGCGACCCCGAUGGCCCCGUGCGCAGCCUGGUGGUGUGCACGCCGUGCGUGACGGACCCCACGCUGCCGCUGGCUUCGCCGCUGACGCGCCCUACGCCGUUGCAGCCACCGCCGCCGCCUCAAGCGACGCCCGACAGCGGCGCGCGCGGCCGGCUGCGCAACGCGCUCAUCGCCGACAGCGACGAUUUCGCGCCCAUCAUGGGCGGCGGACGUUUCCAGCUGCAGACCGAGGACCAGGAGACAGAGACACUGGAGUUGGAACCAUUCCUGGCGCUGGAGCCGCCGAUGUCGGCGACCGACUACGGCUUUUGUCUCGACCACGACGAGGGCCUUUCCGAGCUCUUCGACUUCGAGUUCUAGUGCCCAAGACGCUGGAGCUCUUUUCACUGUCACGCGGGUUUUGCUUCGCAUUCGUAUACGUGCUUGAUAAUCACACUAAAAACCUGGUUUCAAACUGGGAUCUUCCCUGUACUAUGAGUACAAUAGUAACGAAAAUAAUGGGAUCUUUAUGUAUCUAUUAGUUGUGGUGACAGUCCGUGACUCCGAACACGGUUCGUUUCAACAUAUCGCACUUGACAAUUAACAUAGUAUUAUCUCAAAAAUUGCAGUAUAUUAAUAAUUUAUCUCCAAAAU